GUUUUAAUACUUGAAUGUUGUCAGAGAGAAUGUAAACAGUGUGUUGUAUCUUGUGAAUUAUUUACGUUAAUAUAUGUUGUGUUUAGCUCGUGUAGGAGAUGAAGGGAGAAGAAUUACCUCUAAAAUAUAUACAUCAUCAUUAGUUUACCUCUAUAACGAUGAAUAAUUACGUGGCUCUCCAGGCUAUUGGUAGAGGAGCUUAUGGCAAUGUGUACCUGUACCGACGCUUAUCAGAUCAUAAGCAAGUGGUCAUUAAAAAGAUCCCGUUGGAGUCCAUAACUACAGCUGAGUGUGAGUUGACAAAGAAUGAAGUCCGGGUGUUAGCAAUGCUUCAGCACCCAAAUAUUAUAGAAUAUUAUGAAAACUACCUGGAUAACAACACCAUGAUGAUUGUGAUGGAGUAUGCACCUGGAGGUAACCUUUAUGAUUAUCUCCGCUCUCAUGGAGAAGGCAACUUACUUCAGGAGGAGAAUGUAUUGCACCUGUUCUGUCAGCUAGUUCAUGGGAUGCAGCACAUUCAUGAGAGCAACAUUCUUCACAGAGACAUCAAGUCUAACAACAUUCUUCUUGAUCGAUCACAUCGUAUAGUUAAAAUUGGUGACUUUGGGAUAUCUAAGAUUCUGAGCAGUAAGAGCAAGGCACACACUGUUGUUGGCACCCCGUGUUACCUAUCCCCGGAGUUGUGCCAGGAGAAACCAUACAACCAAAAGAGUGACAUCUGGGCGCUGGGGUGUGUACUGUACGAGAUGCUGACAUUGAGACGAGCGUUUGAAGCUAAGACACUGCCGGCCCUCAUCAUGAAGAUUAUGCGUGGUAUAUUUGCCCCCAUCCAUCCUCACUACAGUGCCGAGAUGAGGUCCCUCGUCCAUCUACUGCUCCACAUGGACCCGACACAACGGCCCAAUAUCCAUCAGGUCAUUAGUCAGCCAUUAAUAUUCCCAACGCUAUUUACUCUCCAUAGAGAUCUUGGGAUGGUUCGCUGCGUCUCUAGGCCACAUCGCUUGUCAUCGGUGGGCACACGGGCUCGGUCAUCACGUGGAAGUGAGGAUUCUACAGAUAAAGAGAGAACAGAGGGAGAGAAGAAGACUUCAAAUGAGGAACUUAAAGCCAGUGAGAAAAGGUUACCACAGCCAGAUCCACAAAUUACUGCCUCUGUGUUUUGUUGGUCUCCUCUUGGCUCCCCAGUGAGAUUGUCUAUAGGUGAUUGUGCAGGAGAGGUGGUCCAGGUGGCUGCCAGCAAGACUCACCUUGCUGGGGUGACCAGUGUGGGACAUGUGGUUCUCUGGGAGGCUCAAGAACAAAAGUCCAAAGACAUCAAAGGUGCUGGUACUGGUAAUGACGAAGUUCCUUUUAUUUCGUCUGUUUUGAGGUCUCCAGCAUUUGUCAGUGUGGUGCAGGUGGCGUGUGGUGAUGGCUUUAUAGCAUGUGUCACAGACCAAGGUAUUCUCUUAACCAGUGGUGUCGGGACUUCUGGAAGCUUAGGUCACGGCAAUACGAGUGAUGUGACACAGUUGAGGAUCGUAGAAUCACUUCUGGGUGUUUCUGUGAAGCAGGUUGCCUGUGGAUCAGCACAUGUAGUAGCAGUGUCUGUUGACCAUCAAGUGUAUGCUUGGGGCUGUGGCAAUAAUGGUCGACUAGGCAUAGGAUCCCGCAUGACACAACUGUGGCCACAGCAUGUAGAUAUUCAGAAUUCAGAACCACAAGUGACGGGUGUUGUGGCAGGGCAUGACUGUUCCUUCUUGACAACUACAUCUGGUGUUCUGUUAGCCAGUGGCUCUAAUAGGAUUAAUAAGUUGUGUUUGGAUGAGACUGACCUGGCUGGAUGUGAGACCCUGAAGCAGAUAGAAGAUGUGGCAACAUUUGUGCCGGUGUGUUCAAAGCCUCUUGCUAACUCUGUCAUCAUCAAGGUUGCUGCUGGCCUUAACCAUUCCAUCUUUGUGACGGAUGCUGGUGAAGUUUUUUCUGCUGGAAAGAAUACUUACGGCCAGUUGGGUCACCUCGGGUCACAGAACCCACGGGUGCCUGCCCGGGUCAUGGACCCAGUUGCCCGUGCCCAGGUGGCACAUGUUGAAUGUGGUAAAGAUUUCUCCGUAGCUGUAACACAAGACGGCCGAGUUUACUCCUGGGGCGGUAAAAGGGAACUUAAGGCAGCUGUUGAUGCCCCAAGUAAAAACAAAAUGUUGAUGAGCGAUCCUGUGGGUGAAAGUGCUCGUCCUGUGCUGGUAGAACUCCGGCAUAUGAUCAAAGGGAAUGUGACAAUAGCUGCUGCACAAGAUACUGUACUUCUUUGUCACAAAAGAUAACCACACAUCAUAAUUUCCUACAUUAAAAGCAUAGCCUCAACAGCUAUGCUUUUAAUGUAGGAAAGUAUACUGUGAUGGAGAUAGAUUAUUUACCUUGUACGAUUUAUGACAGACUGCAAAGUAAGAUUGAAUUAUGAUUGUACCCAAAGGAAGUAGAAGAUUCAGAAGUUAGAAAUUGUAUGGUUGCUUGGUUGUGUAAUUACCUACCCACCAUGACACCGUGUAAUUGAGGAAAUUGUUUCUUUUAGUCAUUGAUGCAUAAUAUGUUUUUGCACACCCAGUAGAGGAAAGUGAAAUAAAAGAGAAUUCAGAGAUUUUUUUAAAAGUUGUUUUAGAAUUUUAUUGAGUGUAGGGGUGUGUGACUAACAUAUUGCCUAACACAAAUUUGUAAGGAUAAUUUUGUAUCGACCCCACAUGUUGCUUAAUAUAUUUUAAAUAUAACAUGUAUAAUUAUAGAAGGAUACAAUUCUGUUUAUAAAGAAAUUCAGUUUGUGAUUUUAUUAUUAUUUUAGAGGCCGCCUGUGUUUAUCUUUGUGGAGUUUCUAGUUAAAAAUUUUAUACAUCAUCAUUGUAUUAACACAGCCUCAGUGGUAUAGUGGUUAGUGAAUGAGUGAGUUGUUCUACUCUACUGGGCAGCGUGUCAUCCCAUGGUGCACUGAGCAGGUUCCCAUGACAACCUGGUCAAGUGGUGGGGGUAGAGAAAAACUACACCAAACUGAUAGUCAUUUAGCCAGCCAUGUGAGUAGGAAGUAUUACAUGAUACAGUGUAUUGUAUUGACCUGAGUUGUAUUAUAUAUUUGUAUUGCCAUAUCUAAAAUCAAAUGUGCCUUAGUAGAUUAUCUCCAUUAACUACUUCACUCUGAUGACACUACUUUUAAUACUCUUUUAUUUUGCUUAUGCUAGACUGGGAAAAGCAAAAAAUACAAUAUAAUAUUUUAAUACAA